AUGGCCCCCGUCCUCGGUGAUGUGGCGCACAACCGUAACUUCGAACGCCUUUGGCCACGCGUGCCACGCAUCGAGGUGAUACCAUCGCCUGGACAGGUCGGGGCAAGGUCUGGUCAAACAAAACAUCCCGUGCAGAUCAAGGUGUGUUGUAGAGGGACUAUCCCCCAAGUCCAGUACAGCCGCUCGCCCAAAUCUCCGAGUACCAACAAGGACAAACAUCAACGGGUUGACGAAGAUGACUCCUGCCUUCGGCCGAUUAGGAAACUUCCGACUUUUCUGUUGCAACAGAAACUUCCAGACAAAAGUGCUUCCUUCAUCCUUCCCGCCGCAGAAAUCGCACAUACUCCCGCAAUCAACAUGAUGCACCUCCCCGGUAUACCUUACAAGUAG